UCAGAAGCCAUGAAUGGCGCCAGUACCUUCCUACCAUCCUCAGCAAAUGAAAUAAAUCCUGUGCAUGCUUCAGCCUUACAACAUGCAAAGCAGAGAAGACUACAAAGCUCUCCUGACAAUACUUUAUCCACAGGCUGUGAACAAUUACAUCGGUCCACAUGCCAUUUUUGUAGAAUGUUUGGGUCCUUGAGAUGCACACGGUGUAAGCAGAUAUAUUACUGUUCGGUGGAGUGUCAAAGGAAAGACUGGCAAAUGCAUAGUGCUGUCUGUAAGCUAGUUCAACAUAAUGCAGAUAAAGUUGAAGAUAAUACAAAAUCUUUGGAUGAAAUCAAGAAAAAGGAAAAUUUAUCUAUGAAUACCAGCAAAACAGAAGAGCAGGGCAAGAAAACUGUGUAUUCUGAUCUGACUACACUGGAGCUGAAGAAAAAUAUGAAAAUAGUGGGAACAGUAACACAGUUCAUUAAUCCAAGUGAAUUCUACAUUCAAGUCAAAACUCCAGAAGUUCUAAGUAAUAUUAAUAAGCUUAGUGUGAAAUUGAAAGAUUACGAUGGAAUUAACCAGGAUGAAUAUAUUCCUGCCAAAGGUGAAGUCAGUGUUGGACAAUAUACCCUGGAUCAGACCUGGUACAGAGUGCUUAUAAAAGAGGUGGAUAUCCUUAAGAAGAGUGCUCUGGUUUUAUAUAUUGACUAUGGAAAUGGAGAGAAUAUACCGCUAAAUAGAAUUAAACGAUUGCACCAAGAUAUUGCGCACAUUCCACCCUGUGCCAUUAAAUGUUGUGUUGCUGAUGUCCUCUCAACUGAAGAAAAAUGGAAUGCAAACUGCAGCAAAGCUAUUGCUCCAUUUCUUACAGGAAAGUGUUGCUCAUUCACUAUUGUUGAUGUUUUCGUGGAUGAGAUGCCCUAUUUUGCUGUAGAUGUUGUUUUGGCAGAUUCUGGUAAACACUUACAUGAAAUACUCUUGGAAAUUGGAUGUAGUUUGAAUUCAAAGAGUAGGAGUAGCAACAAGGAAAACUCUGUUACUGGUUCUACUGCGGAAAAGAUUUCUAUUCAGGAAAAGAAGCUUGAGCAUAAAGGACUGGAUCAUAGUAGCUGUCAAACUCGCAAGGUUAUCUUGCCAUCUGUAGGAGAUACAUUUUUGGGUAUGGUUGCCCACAUACAGACUCCAGGAGAUUUCUUUUGUCAGCAGAUGGGAAAUGGCUGCAAACUUACUGAGCUUCAGGCAUCCCUGGGUGAAUACUGCAACACAAUCUCUGCUCCCCCAGAUUUCUGCCCAGCAGUAGGAGACUUGUGCUGUGCCCAGUUUACAGAAGACAAACAAUGGUACCGUGCAUCGGUUUUGUCCUACAUCUCAGAGAAAACUGCUCUAGUGGGCUAUGUAGAUUAUGGUAACAUAGAAGUCCUUCCAUUAAAUAAACUUCGGCCAAUCAUCCCAAAAUUAAUGGAGUUACCAGUACAGGCUAUAAAGUGCACCCUAGCAGGUGUAAAGCCAGUAUCUGGAACCUGGUCCAUAGAAGCGACUUCUGUUAUGAAGAAGCUGGUGCAAAAUAAAGCACUCACUAUAAGAGUAAUAAAUGAGAAGGACAAAACUUUUGUGGUCAAACUUACAGAUGAAUCCAGGACUCCAACAAUAAAUGUGUCUAAAUACCUUUUAGAGUUGGGAUGUGCAGUGGAAGAAGCCGCCACUGUCCCAGCAGUGCUUGAAACAAGCAUUGGAACAUUGCAAAAAACGAGUGGUCAACAGCUGGACAAAAUUGAUUGGUCGAGGGUCACAUUAACAGCCAAACAGGUGGUAAAUGUGUUUGUUUGCGUGCUAUACAACCCCAGCAAAUUCUAUUGCCAAUUGUUAGACAAUAACGGCUUGAAUGCUUUGGAAGAACUCAAUAUAUCUUUAGCAGCAUACUGCCAGAAAACAGCCCCAAACAUUUCCAAAGUUUCAAAGGGAGAUGUGUGCUGUGCUUAUUUCUCUGGUGAUGGUAGAUGGUAUCGGGCUUUGGUGAAAGAGGCCAGUUCAUUUGAAGCUUUUAAAGUUCUGUUUGUAGAUUAUGGAAACUGCGAAGAGGUAACUCUGGACAAAAUCAGACAGAUUACAUCUACAUUUAUGAAACUCCCAUUUCAAGCAAUUGAAUGUUCGCUGUCAGGUGUAAGACCCAUAAAUAAGGAAUGGACAGCAGACGCUACAACAACACUUCAGAUGUUCACAGCUGGGAAGAAAACUCAGGCCAGAGUAGUUUCUUUAACGACAAAUGGUGCUGAAGUAGAGCUUAUUGACAAUUCUGAGAGCGGUCCCAUAGUGAUCAGCGAAUAUUUAAUUAAGAAUAAUUUAGCUUUGAGAAAGGAAAUAGUGUUGGAUCUGAAUGUGCAGCCAGGUGAAUUGACAGACAGAUGCAUACAGUGGACAACAACAGAAUUUCCGGUUGGUGAAACUCUGCCUGUUCAUGUAUUAGAUGUGACAAACCCUGGUUUAUUCUAUGCUGUACCCACAAAAAUGAAAGUGGAUCAGCAGAGGCUCCAUAAGCUAAAGACUGGACUUGCAGAUUACUGCACUUCUCAGAAUGAUUCCAGUUUCAAACCAAAAGUUGGUGAACCCUGCUGUGCCAGAUUCACAGGUGAUGACAAUUGGUACCGUGCUGUUGUUCUGGAAGUUUGUGUAUCAGAAGUCAAAGUGGCAUAUGCAGACUAUGGAAAUGUGGAAAUGUUGCCAUUAUCUAGGCUUCUACCUAUAACUGCCCCCUACUUGGAACUACCUUUUCAAAUACUCAAGUGUUCCAUUGCAGGAAUUAUGGAACUGGAUGGAAAGUGCUCCGUCUUAGCAGCAGAGAAUCUGAAAAGUUUUUUACUGAAUGAGUGUGUGACAAUUACAGUGAAAGGAGUUAAUAAAAAUAUUCAUAUAGUAACUGUCAAAAAAAAAUCUGGAACUGAUACUAUGAAUGUAGCUGAUGAACGAGUAAUUGAAAACUCGGCAAAAGAUAGCAACAUUGAGAAUCGAUGUGUAAAAAACACUAAGUGCUGUUGUAUGGAGCUGAGAAAGCAAGUUACAAAGCUUGAACAGAUUAUUUAUUUUCUCCUAAAAGAUCGCUUUGGUGAAGAAAAAGUUCCUGAAAUGAUAAAGCUCUUUGAAGAAGCUGUGCUGGAAUGAACAGCAUAGUGUAGUUGUUGAGUACUGUUGAAAUCCAUACUGUUCACUGUAACCUAAACCUGUAAUCUUAAGCUAUUUAGUUGAAAAUACAUUCUGUUGACAUGUCAGAAUGUAACUACUUAAGUACAUAAAUCAAGGUUUAUUUCCUGUCUUGCAUUUUGGAUUGCAUGCUUGCCUUCAAAAGAUGGUCUGUGCAAUGUUUGUUUUCUCUCUCUCAUCCCUUAUCAGUGUAACCAAUUGCAUCUUUAUUAUUACUCAAGUUGCAAAGAUCAGCUUCCUCUGUGUUGAUCUGAUCAGAAGUUUAAAGGCAUGAUGCCUUCUGGAUAGAAGGAAUUUUACUUCAAUCUCUUAAGAAAUUACUCAAUCCAGACACAACAAAUCAUUUAAAUCUUCGUCCCCAUUAAGUAGCCCAUAAAGGCCUCCAUUAUUUUAAUUUAAAACCUGUAAGUUUCUUACGUGUCUAAUUUUAAAAUGGCUUUUCAGAAGUAUUUAGGACUUCACAUAAAUAAAUAGAUUUGUUUAGUUAUUGUAGCUAGUAGAAUAGUAGGGUGGUUUUUUUUGUUUUGUUUUUCAAUUUCUGAACCCUUUUUCCUUUUGGGGGGAAAUGUAAGUUGAUUCUCCUUGUUGAGUCAACUUGGUGCAGCAAAAAGCAGGAGAAACUCUGUUCUUCCCACGCCCCCUGGCUGGCAGGUUUUCAUAUGCAGCUGCAGGUUAGAAUUGCUCAGUUAGUAGGAACUAAGUCCUAUUGGUCAAAGUGAGAUUUACUUCUGAAUAAACAUUCAUAAGAUUGUGCU